AUGCAGAUUUUGGAUAUAUUGUCCAAGGUGUUCAAUAUUAGUGAUGAAAGAAUAACUUUGAACACGGAUACGCAAAGACAGCUUUCUGGACUAUUUGGUGAGCAACGGUUUUGGAUGUUCGAGAGCUUGUUAAAGUGCUUGAAUGGUUUUUUCUUUAACGACGAUGGUAAGUGUUGACUUCUGGCGACUAAAAUUAUUAUCUAUUAUAAUAUCACAGUCAUUUUUUACAAUUGCUUUGGCAUCUCUAUCAUUUAUGUCCAGCUUUUCAGCUAUAUCUUUUACCUUUUAGAGUACAAACAGCAUCUGGAUCAUCUUUACAAGCUUUUGAAUACUUGUUUGAACACAGGACACUUCUCUGAAGUCCCUGAACUCUACAGAUUAAUGUUUUCAGUUUGUUGUUUGAUCCAGAGUUAUAUAUUGUUCAAAACUUCUACUCCAGAAGUAAGUUUUUUAAUUUUAAUUUUUAUUUUAAGUUUAGGAAGCUCUUGCGAAGUGUGAUGAAGGUCUACUGAAAGGAUAUGAACUAGACGGAGACGUCUUGGGAUCUAUGGGUGAAGCUUUGAGUGAAAUUGCAGCGCCUUUGGAGAAGUUACACGUAGGUUUGAGAUACGUACAAGUAGAGAAUUUUAAAGGUGAUUUGUAUUUUUAAAAGUAAAGGUAAAGGUUUUUUAUCUACAAGUUUUUUUUUCAGUUUACAUUUAAGCCUUCUACAUCAAUACCUCCGUCGUUGCAAACGACUAGGAAGAUACAAGUUUUGGAUAGGCCAUCAUUGGAAACGUUUUACGAGGAGUGUUUACUACCUGAGAGACCAAUUAUUAUCAAAAAUUUGCUGAAAAAUAUGCCUUGCUAUGAAAAAUGGAGGUAAACUCUUGAAAAGUUAUAAUUAUAGAGUUAAUUUGUUGAAUAUUACUUUAUUAUAGAGAUAUAAUAUGCAUUUUUUAUUUGUAAAUAAUAAUAUAUGGUAUUUAUAAUUUUUUACAGCUUCGAGUACUUGUACACCAAAUGUGGACACAGAACUGUACCAGUAGAAUUAGGAAGCAAGUAUACUGAUGAUGAUUGGAGUCAAAUACUAAUGCCAUUUGGGGAAUUUGUUAAGGAUUACAUUGUUAAUCAGACAACUGUAAGUAUUCCAGCCGCUCCAAUAUAAAAAUGACUAUCAGGUAUUAUCACACAACAAAUAGAUUUAAAAAAUUGUUUUAGGCAGAACAUCUAGGUUAUAUGGCUCAACACAGACUGCUGGAUCAAGUGCCAUCGUUGUUAAAGGAUGUCAUAGUCCCGGAUUAUUGUUGGAUGGUACCUUAUACCGAGCCAGAGAACAUAAAUUGUUUUAUUGGACCUGCAAAUACAGUAUCUCCGUUGCACACUGAUCCUAGACAUAAUUUUUUCUUUCAGGUAUGGGUGUCGUAUAAGACUUUAGCACCUAGAGGACUGUUUUUUUUCGUUAUGUUGAUAAGUUGGCUAUGUGGACAUAUGUACCUUUCUAAAUGUUACUUUGGAUAUUAUUUUUAAAGUUGAUAUUAUUAUUGACAUAACUUCGAUUUCAGGUCCGAGGCAAAAAGUUUGUUCGACUUAUAAACCCGGAUCAGAAGGCCAAUCUUUACUUGUUUGAUGACUUCUUAAGAGCAAACUCAAGUCAAGUUGAUGUGGAACAUCCCGAUUACGAGAAACACCCUAAUUUUAGAAAUGUCAUUGUAGAAGAUUACUUAAUGGUGGCGGGCGACUGUCUGUUCAUACCUCAAGGGUACUUUCAUCACAUCAGAGCUUUAGAACCCAGCAUCUCAAUGUCAAUUUGGUUUGGGAAUUCAAAGGAAAAAGAAAAAUAA